CCCCUCUCUAUCUGCCACGGCCUAGUCAGCGUAGGGUAGCUCUCCUGCCAACCAGCCAGCCAAUCCCCACUCUUUGCCUCGUCCCGCUGCUAGCGCCUCUCGUGGCAGCUUUCUCAAUCGCUCCGCUCGCGCUGCUUAGUCGUUCUUUGUCUGUCGCGUGCGCUCGGUGGUUGGGGUGUUGUCGGAAGGGUGGAGGUGUCGGGCGCCAGUCGCUACGCGGACGUUGAGCUCGGGAUCUCCGUUGUCCCUCGCGAGACUUUUUUUCCCCCCUACCCCCCGCCCGUAAAGCUUGUGCUCGCGAUCGGCGGACGUCCGCUUCGUUCGUUUCGUACGCGGUAACACGCGUGCGUUUUCCGAUCGGUAACCGUGACAUCGUCGAAUGUCGGAUCGGCGCGAUAUCGCCCACCGAACAAGCUCGAUCUCGAUCAUUGGCUCCGUGUGGCCGAGGAUCGCGCUCAUGUGACGAUUACUUGCUACAUGACGAUAAAACGAGUGUCGUACGUGAGACCAAGGAUCGAAUACGUAAGCGUUCUCGGUUGUUGUGAUUUCCUUACCAGUCGGGAGGAUACUCUACGGUAUACUACGUACAGCUUCGGGACUAUAACGGAUAUCGAUGGUGAUUCGAUGCAGCCACGAGGGGACGGAAUCGUGACGAUUUCGAUGCGACUGUACCGGCAUAAGGUGUACCCUGAUUUCCAUUCGGAAGCACACGGGAUUACGUUUCGAUCGAAACGGGACAGUUAUCGUUCGGCGUAAAUCAUCGGACCACUCGACGGAUGAGUAACGAAGCGUGGCCCGCUGCUCUCAAGGAGAUCGACCGCGUCGGCCCGACGAGUUUGCAAACUGGUCCAACUAUCUUGGAGGACGAGGGGAUCGCUGGCGAUGUUUUCGACGAGACGAAGCACCGGCGGAAGGUCAAAGUAGAGAUGAAAGCGUGAAACGAGAUCGAGUAGAAGAUGAGAUAGAUAGAGAGAGAGAGAGAGAGAGAGAGAGAGAGAGAGAGAGAGAGAACGGGUCGCUGGAGAUCUCGAGGAACGAAACACAAUGUGCUGGAGUGUGCGAGCCUGGUGGUGGAGAGGGGCGCUUCUCGGGACGAUGAUGCUGUUAUCGUGGACGUGGCCGAUGGUGGAGGGCUGCCCGAACAUGUGCACGUGCAAGUGGAAGAGCGGGAAAGAGUGGGUAGAGUGCGCGAAUCGAGACCUCAAGGGACUUCCCCAAGGCGCCAGGGAGGAGACCCAGGUGCUGGAUCUGUCGAACAAUCAUCUGGUCAGUCUGCCGCCGGAAUGCUUUCACGCGCUCGGCUUGAUCAAUCUGCAACGACUGUACCUGAGUAGAUCGCACAUCAGCCGUAUAGCAGCCAGAGCGUUCGUCGGUCUGGUGGGGCUGGUGGAGUUGGAUCUCUCGGAGAAUCUGAUCGAGGAGAUACCUAGCGAAACUUUCCCCUCCUACUCGAAUCUGAUGAAGCUACUGCUCAACGGCAAUCCUAUACGGGAGAUCCGUGCAGCAGCGUUCCAGCAUCUGCCGCAUCUGACCAACCUGGAAUUGAGCCACUGCCGGCUGGAGAAUAUCGAGCAGGGGGCGUUCGACGGCCUUCACCUGCUCGAGUGGCUACGACUCGACGGCAAUCGGUUGACUCGCGUGCCCGAACGCACGCUACCCCUAGGCGGCAGCCUCCGAGGACUCACGCUGCACAACAAUCCCUGGGUCUGCGAUUGUCGUCUGCAGGCCACGCAAGCUUGGCUCAAGGAAUCGGCGCCGGCCGCCCCUCAGGAGUCCGACCCCGUCUGCGACGCUCCUGCCAAACUUCGCGGCAAACAGAUCAAGACCGUCAACGAACUCGCUUGCCUGCCACGGAUCGAGCUGCAGAACCGAGUAGAGGCCUACGAGGGAGACAACGUCACGCUCAAGUGCGACGUUUACGCCGUCCCAGCUGCUAAGCUCACCUGGUGGUUCAACGGCGAACUCUGCGAACUCCAGAACGAGAACGACACGCUCUCCGCUUCCUCGGUUACCACCUUUCCCCGGUACGUCUACAGGCAGCGCGGCGGGAUCAACACGAGCAGCACUCUGCUACUCUACUCCGUGGAGACUUUGAACGAGGGCACGUACACGUGCAUAGCGGAGAACGGAGCGGGGUCCGCGGAGGCGAAUUUGUCUUUGCGAGUGCUGUUGCAGGAGAAAAUAACCGUGGAACCGCCAAACGAUCGCUCGAGAUCGGGAUACGUGGUGGCCAUUGCUGCGGGUGCUCUGCUGGGCACUCUGUUCGCCCUGGGCUCUCUGAUCGGUAGCAUAGUGUUUUGCGUGCGGAAACGUCGUCGCGACCGCAAAAGGAACUCGAAAGCUCUUGUAUCGCAGAACAAGUCUGUUAUGCCUAUCACCAAGGACACCGUCAGCAGUUUGCCGUGCAGGAAGGGCAACGGCAGCUUGAUCGGACUCGAGCACCAGCAGAUAGUGUCGUAUACCGAACGAGAGUUGAACCGAGCCGCGACUCUCGAACGCAGAGAGCACAGAAACCUGGAGGAACCGUACUGCAGCCCAGUUUCCAAGUAUCUGACGGAACCAGAUCUGAUAAACGAGGUGCCAGAGACGACGGACGUCGGAUACGGUCAGUUGUAUCGCCAUCAACCCGGUGACAGACAGAUCCUGGAAUACGACUCCGGAUACCCGCUGCAACCCGAUCUACGACCAGCGAACAUCCCACAGCUGAGCUAUCUCGAUCAAGACGGAUAUCCGCUCAACUUUGGCCUACCGAAGAUCCCUUUCAGCGCCGCGAGCACGCUACCGCGUCUCAGGCAGAGGAUGCCCGUGGAAGGUUCGGCGGUCGCGCCACCAGCCAGGUACUCGAGGGAAGCGGAGUUCCUCGCCAGAUCGCCAGGAUACGACCCCGUGCUGCCUCGAACCGACACCAGGUACACCGCCGAGGGAUACCCUUACCCCGCUCAACAAUCGCAGCCGAUUCAACCGGUCGAGCAACCCAUUCAGCAGCAGCUUCCUGUAUCCCCGGUGUCGCCGGUCGCCGUAUUCCCCGAGGUACCGUUCAUUCCCUCUCCGCCAGCCGCCUACAGAGGCGAGACGACGCCGCUGUCGCCGAGAUCGCUGUUAAGCAAAACUGCCCGGGAAGCUGCCGCCGCAGCCGCCGCCAGGGCGGACGAUCUUCAGCCGCCUCAUCAUCCGGAGAGUCCCGACGAGGGAUACGUUGGCGACGCGAUGGACGUCUAAGAGAACCUCGGGAUCGACGACGCGAAGACGGCUCGCGAAUAGAGGGGAAGGUCGCCGGGUCGUUUCGAAUCCGAUUAUCUCGGUUCCCGGGGGCAGAGCAGACACAGCGGAUCUGUCGCAUACACGAACCGAGGAAACUGUCGGGACGUACGUUCGGACAAAUUAAUCCAAGGGAAACGAGGCACGGACACGAUUGGCAGAACAAGAAACUCGACGGAGAACCACGUCGUCGUCGUUGUCUGCGAGAAUAGAUAUCAGACGUCGCGCGGCCAAAAUGCCGGUUGAGCAGGAACAAAAGGAGCCGGAGCAACGGAAACGUAAUGGAUUAAUCAGGUGCGAGGCUUCCCAGGCGUCCCGAAUCACGUGUCUGCGGAUAAUAAUUUCUUGUCAGUAGCAGGUCUCCGUGUUCGAAGAACAGCCAGCGUUGCUAAUCAAAUCGUCUUCUAGCCCGCAAAAUGGGAAGGGGGCGAGGCAACGUUCGAACACGGCAGCGGAUUUUUCACUAGCUUUUUCCAGGCGAAAAGCGUCGUAAAAUCCGUUUUCGGUAUAUAGAACUUUUGGCGAAAAAUUCGAGUUGUUUGUCGGAGAAGAGAGCAUAGGGAAAUUCACGAAAUUCUGCGUUGAAAUUAUACGAGCUCGGUUAGUCGAGCAAAAUCCGCAACAUAGAAGAGCGAGCGAGCGAUUUUUCGGCGCCGUCGAACGAUCGACGUGGAUGCAAGUCGGCGAUGCGAUGGUGACUGGUGCAGGGAAUUUUCGCAUGGUUCCGGAACGCGGAUCUCGACCAUUCUCGCCAGCCUCGCUCGGCAAUGGAAUUUCCCGGAACGAGGGUUACGCGAACGGUGCACCGAUCAGAGGAAUCGAAUUUUCCAAGAGCUUACGGAAGCCGACGAACGCAAACGAACGGCCGCGAGCGCAGUCGGAAUUUUGAAAACCGGCUGAACCGAUCGCGCAGUCCGAUCGAAGCUGAUCUGUCCACGAACCGAAGAACGCUCGCCCUUUACGCUCGUAUUAUUGCGAUCUGUCACCCCGACUACAGCCGGAAAUUGGAAACGUUCCUGGAACGAACGGUAACUUUGCUCGCUGGUUGGCAACGGUGGUCAACUUUGUCAAAGUUAUGCGUUUGAUAGCGCGGGAAUUCUCGAUGAAAUAGUUGAGAGAAAUUGUUUGUAUGUACAUAGUAUGGACGAGUGGGACGAGUGUGUGUCAAAGUGUAAGAAACGAAAGAAAUUACAAAGGAGCGUGUAGUGGAGAAUAAAAUACCGAAUAGUGUACUACCGACCUUAAAGCUUAAGAAUAUUCUUCCGUUAACAAACGCAAACUCUUUUGCCUCGUUAAAAUGUACGUCUUUCAUAGUACACGGUACGUUUAAAAGUAAGAGCGUGCAAAUGCGUGGAAUAGCAACUCGUUUGCAGCCACCGUAAGCGGUAAGACGAGCGCAAAGUGCGAGAGAGAAAAGCGUGCUUUCGAAGCGAAAAAAGGAUACGACGGAGAAGAAACGAGAAUACUCUCCUGGUUUACGAGUCCCUCGAGAAGACUCGUUCGAUAUCUGCUCAAGUUCAUAGCAUCCUUCACCCCCUUCAUCCACCGUUCCAUCUCCUGGUCAUUUCCUCCUUAGGCUAACCAAUUGUAUCGUUAUUAGAGUCUACUGCUCGUCGGUUUCGCAUCAAACGAACACGCUCUAUCCCGUCUGCAAAGUUCCGACGAAAGGUUAUAGCAAUUCUACCGUAGUGAUGAUAACGUUAACUCGGUGUUUAAGACUGGUGAACUGUGCGAGAUUACGAGAGAGCCGGUAUGGGCCUCACCUAGCCCCAUGUACAGACACGUUAAAUAUACAUAUAUAUAUAUAUAUAUAUAUAUAUGUGUAUAUAAAUUUGUACACCAACUCUGGAAAACGCGAAAACCAACGGACACACACGUACGUAAAUGUCCACGUAUUAUAUAUAAUACAGGUAUAGAGACGCGGAUAUGAAUAGGCGGAAACGAGGGUUGGUCAGAACACGCGCUGGACACGCGCGGAAAGUAGAUAUUUUUUGAAAGGUGUCGUAGAGCCUAACACGCGUGACCAGGCAACCGCUCGCUCCGUCUUCUCGUCCUGUAUUCGUUAUCGUUGUGUAGCCGAUUUUUAAGAGUUCGAUCGCACGCGUUGCUUCGCGAUACUCGACCAAUCGAUACGAAUAACCGACUGGAAAACACUCGUACAAUUUUCACCGUGACUCACCCCUCAUCUUCUUCGUCCACGAAGAAGACGUACACAUUUCUCUCCAAAUUUGUUCAAAGAAUCAGCGCAAGGUUGAUCGUGUAUCGCGAACCAGGCUGGCGUCGCACCGAUCAAGCGGCAAUGUCGGUUCAUCUAGAAUCUAGGUACUAAACGAAUCGAUCGUUCUUCCAGGGCUAUCUAUCUAGUCUGAUCGAGCGCUAGGUUUACGAAUUACGAUCAGCGGAUGGCGGACCGUUGGACGUGCAGCGAAAGGAUGCACAGCUCCGUCUAGUAGUCGAUCGUCUAUUCGGACGAUCGUAAACGCAACUGCUGUUGCCCUCCUUUCUGCCUCUUGUCGAUCAUCGGCCGAUUCACGGACGAACGACGUUUGCUUUACGGUCUGGCGAGGUCAGGACCGAACCUCGGCCAUGGUCAUUAAGAGUUUCUCCGCCUCAAGGCGUGAACUCGAAUCCGCACAUCCUUUCGAGCUCGCCACGGCUCGAAUUUCACGAUUCCUCGAAUUUUUCUUUCGAUACGUCGCGUCGCUGUCCCGAGAAACGCUCUGCGUCUCGCCCGCGCGCACGCACACACACGCACACAAAAUUUUGGAUCAGUAUUAACGUCGUUUUACAGGGUAUCCGGGUGAUUCGCGAAAGGAUCGUCGAGGCGGAAACUUCGUUAGCCGCGACGAUAGGAAGCGAUACUUGGGAUCGAUGGUAGCUGAAAGCGAGCCGAGUCUACAGACUCCUCCGUGUUUUCGAGUACCACGAACGUGUUCUCGAACAUGUACGAAGGAAAUCGAGUUCACUCGAGUCUUUUUUCAGCUUGAGGUUGCUCGUGUAGCCGUACUCGCGUCAACGUUCGCACUCGCGAAAGUCGGAUCAACGAUCAUCGAUCGAAGCUCGUCUCCCGUCUCUGUCUCGACGUUCCGAACGAGUCGAAGGACGAUCUUCGGCAACUCCGAGUCGCGAAUGGAAGUACCGUUCCGGUUUCCUCUUGCACGCGUACGCGAGAUACGAAAGGGACCGCCGUUGGCGUGAAAUCGCGUUUAUCGGUUUGCCAAACAAGCGAAAAGGGAGAAAGUUUCGACGAAGAAUUUCACGGCAAUAUAUCAAACGUAAUAAUUUGCGUGGCGCGUCCGUACGCGGUGCACGCGCAGGCUAGCAAUAAAAUUUUCAGGAAAAAAAUCGUCGCUGCUCGACCACGGACGCGCCGUAAUUCACGACCGCGGCAACGCCGCUUUUGAGUUAUGACGCGGUUCAGAUUAUUUGGCACGCCCCGAGUGGAAUUAGGUUUACGAUGUUCGCCGAACCUCGUCUCGUUUUCCCAUCGCGACGAUAUACAAAACGCACGUGUUCACGUACGUACACCGCUUUGUUCUCCGCGUGUUACCGUCCUUUCUUCUUUUAUUUCCCUCUUUUACUCUUUCCCAUCGACGAUCGGAACGCUCCGCGCGUUCAACAGGGCUCUUAUCGUGGCUUCGCUCGAAUUUUCCCCUUCGAUGUUGUGCGCAAUGAAUAUGUUGUACUUUUUCCGGAUUAAUUGGACGCGCUUGUUUCGUCGAAUUUUUCCCAUUUUUCAGCCGCUCUGGCCGACCUCGCUCGCGUAUUAACUGGCAUCAUGAAAAUCGUUCGCCUCCCGAUAAUCGAUGGUGAAUUUAUCGUUCGUAGCGCGACAAUCAAAGGCGAAAAAGCAAGCUUUAAACGGAACAGCGCUUCUUCCAUCUCGAUUCGUUCGCUUAUAUUUUAUAGAAUUUAAUUUUCCAUUUUCGGCCGUUCGUGUCACAUUUUCCAACGUUUUUCAAUUUUGUUUCUGACGCGUUAUUAGGCAAACGUUUCGAACAUAAAAUUUUUAUUUCGCUCGUAUUCUUUCUCUUACUUCUUUCUUUUUCUUCUCUUUUUUUUUCGUUUUUUCAUCCCGGAACAAACUCUUAGUCCUUUCUCGACAGGAUAUUUCCACGAAACAACCAGCGUAAGUCAAACUAUGCCCGAGAAAAUAUCGAAGCUUCGGCUACGUUUUCGCUCUCAGUUCCAUUUUUGCAACCCGCUUUGCAACAAACAACAGGUGGCUGUGACUCGAACGCGAAACACAUAGGAAACGUCCAUCCGUAACGACUGCUCUGUUGUCAUCCUCGGGGACGGCAGAAUACAUUUCUGCGGAACGUAUAGAAACGCGCGGCGAGCUUAAACGAGUUACACGCGCGAAAGAGAAACAGAGAAGACAGAGUAGAAACGCGUUGGACGAUCAGAGGCCGGCUAUUGGAAUUCGCCGAAACCGAGGAAUCCCUGCAGAAUCGGCGAACGAUGUCGGUCGACUUCCGGAUUCGUGCCCACGUGCCACGAAAUCGUAAUCGCCCGACUCCUCUUCCCGGUUGCCGACUAACGGUAACGGGUCUCUGCAAACGCUCGAACAAGCGCGCGCGGCCGCGUUGAAAGGGCUUGUUGUGCCGCGGACACAACCGGGAUAAUCGCUGUUUGCAGGGCGGAUGUUCGUUGUCCACCUAGUAACAGGCAUCGAAGCUCUGCCGUGGCACCGAAUGCACGCUCAUCGUUCGAAAUGCCGAUCGUUGCCGCGCGAACCCUCACCGUUCCAUGGUUUUCGCCAGCCUUUUUUUUUUCGCCGAGCUUUGUCCGUCCGACUCCCGACCAUCUCCGACGUGGGUUCGUGUUUCGGAUAGUUGGCGUUGUUUUCUGCCGCGACACGCCUGUAUACCUUGUUUCCGUUUAAUCCUCUUGCGAAGCUGUCGCGGAUUUCAGGACGGACGUCCGGUUUUCCAACGAGUUUCCGAAGAUUUUGCAGACAGAUGUUAACGCUGUAGAGUUGGCAGCAGGAUUUUAUAUAUGUCGCGAGUCGAGCGAAAUCCGUAUGGUUUUCCCUGUGGCAAAAUUUACAAGGUAACGGUGUAAUGGAAACCGCGUGUCUGGAUCCUAAUGAAACCUACAUCCUCUUGAGAUUGGACUCGCAGCGGCGUCGUUUAGCAAGGCCUACGGUAUUACUCCGCAAAGUGUGCCGUUUACGGUCUCACGACCAUACCCAUUCCGUCGUAUCACGCGCAACGGUUGCCGAAUCCAAAAUUCAUCAAAACCUUAUUACCUAACCCGUCCCUCUCGAUAGAAUAGCAACAUCGUGUCACAGCCUCUUUCCAUCCACCCUUAAUACGUACCUAGUUCGCGCGAGGUUGGAUAGAUGGUCCGAAUCUGGUAAAACCGUCGAGUCUUCCAUCGAAAUCGUAAUCGCGGAUCUUGCCGCGUUGCUGAAACACCGAAGCGAUAAGUUUGCACGCGGUGUCCGCUCGUUUAUUAACGGCGAUUUUACCUUAGCGCUUAACGCGACGGGUAACGAGCGUUGACGCAGCCACGCGUCCUCGCGCAUUAUUGCACGCGGCAAAUAAUGAAUGGUCGCGAUUCGUUGAUUCGUUAUUUUCUAUCUCGCUGCCUGUGUAUUUCCGAAGCUUAACGCCAGACGCAAAGGUUCUCGCCGCUUGAUCGGCUGAAUAUUUUCACGCGCUUGUUCGUCGACGAUUAACAACAGGUUACGAGCGUGGCAACGGACCGUGAUAAUUAUUAGCCGGUAUAAACGAUGGUUAUUGGCGCGCGACGAUUUAAUUAUUUGACGCUAAUGCGGUUCACCGUUUCGACGAUAUCGUCAAGCUGGUCGCCAUUGUUCCCCCUAUACAGAUCAAAAACCAUUGACUCUUCGUAUCGCGCCAAUCCUUUUUUGCCGAUUCACAGCUUUCUAUUCCCUCGGAGAUGGGCGCUCUUCGCGGCGAAUAAAUUGCCAUUAUACCAGCGCUUUCUGCUGGCGAUUUCCCAAAUUGAUGAUUCUCCAAUUUCCAAUAUGCUGAAAAUUAUGCUUCCGCUCCUGGACGAGCAGUGCAGGCCAAGCCGCGUUGAUUAAAUCGAUGCAUAAUCGAAAUUAAACAUUAACCACACGGUGGCCUCGAUCGGGAACCGUCGACCAGGCGACGACCGAAUUAAUAUGGAACUCGUAGCAACGCUGUACGAGAUAGCAGCUCCUUGCCGUCGAUUUCACGAAUACUUUCAAUUUAAUCAAGCACUGACUGGCUCGAUAAAGGAUACGGUGUAAUUACGAUGAUUAGAAUUUAAUGGACCGCGCGUAGCUGGCUACCGAUCCCGGAUCAGUUUCAAAGCAACGGAUAACGUCGAGCCAGUCCGCUAUCCGUCUUCGGUUCGGAUAUCGAUCUCGUCGCGGUGUGAAAACGCGAGAGGCGUGUUUAUAGAACGCCAGGACUCGGUACUUCGAUUCCUGCCCCGUAGCAACCGCUUUCACCGUAACGAGAAUGUAGAUUCCGUCAUGGUGUGUCUGGUCGCGAUAAUAAUUCGACGUAACCUCGAUGUAACCGUGUUUACCGCCGUGGGUUACGAUAUUUUUGGUCGCGUUAGAAUUGCCGCGCCUCGAAUCUCCGAUCGCACAUUCGCUACUAUUCCCCUGCUAUCGAAAUCAUGGUUGUUCGGUACGGUAACGCGGCUCGUUCUCUUACGGCGUAUCUCGUUUCAAGGUCGAUCAAACGCUUCCAUCGUUUGCUUAUUUCUAUACCUAUUCCAUUUGCCGACAUUGCUAUUGCAAUAACAACGUGAAACGCUCUACGAGGACGAUCGUAAUCGUACAAGGAGCAUACUUUAUUACGCACGGAGUCGCUCUUCUCACCUUAUACAACACCGACAACUUCUUCUAAAACACCUUCUCUUCUUCACCUGAAAUACCUUCUCCGUUCGGAGAAGUUCGGUUUUCCAAGGGAAUCGAAUUUUUGAAAUUGACGGGAGAGAAGUGGCGCGUGAGAAUCGAGCUUAAACGAAAUCGAGAUUAAACGCGCGGUCGGACGAGAUUCGUCCAUCGACUUGCUGGUGUUUGCGUUCGGUUACGAGAUACGCGUCGAAUUAUCGAGCGACGCGUGCCGCCAUCAAACUUCCCACGCGACUGCUGCUCCGGCAAAAUCGAUCUCAGCAGCAUUCUCUUCGCGAGUCUUUAAUCUCGUUGCAGCUUGUCGCCUCGACGAUGUUCGUCAGAGCCGCACGGAAAUUCCCCUUCACCGGAUUCCAAACAUCGUCGUUUCGCAAACACCGCCGCGAGUUUGGACGCGUAAUUUGGACGCGAAUUUGGACGAGUAAUUCGCGUAAUUUUCAUCCGAUCGUCCCAACAACCGAGAAGAACCGCGUACAAAGCUGAAGCAAAGUAUACGAUACAGCAGCCACUUUACACAUCGUUUACGAAAGCAUAUUGCAAAAACUUAUUUCACGGGAGAAUAACAGUUAACAGUUUACAGCUGUAAUCUCGGUCUUCUUUCGAAGCCGGAUACAGCGCAAAGAGAAUCAAAGAACAGGUUGUUGAACGCAUCGGAAGAAAGCUUCGCCGGUGUCGGACGAAACUGAAUAGCUCGCAGCGAGGAAGCCGAGAGUUGCGUAACUACGCUGUACCGUCUACUACACAGCACUGCUAUGAAUAUAUGUAUGAAAUACAAGUAGACGCCUGUUUGUCGAUCGAUGGAUCGCGAUCAACGCUGUCGAGAAUUUAUAUCGAAAUUUUCGCGAGGAACGAGGAACGUUCCGUGGAAACGGCAAAUCUCGCGCGAUCGCGGUGUCUCUGACGCCUGGCGACCCGAGCGAAUGUUGAUUCCAACUUUUCUUUCUUCUCGAUCAUCGUUGCGAAAUAUGGCUGCACCGUGGCAAUAUUUCGUCGAUUCGAGGAAACAACUCGCAAUCGCGUAGCUUCGUAGACGUAUUGCUUUUCCUAUUUGACACGUCGAUGGUUUCCUCUUGUCUUCGACAAAUCGAGCGUGCACUGGAAACGGCUGGCUUAUGGAAAUAUUCGAACCUUUUCUUUCGCCGAACCUAACUUGUUUCGUUUAGUUUCUUUUUUUUAUUAAUUCUCCGUUAUUAUUCGAUAUUGGAAUUCUAUACAGGCAGGCAUGAUAUUAAAUUUCGGAUAGAAGACAGAAACCGUCGCGAACAAGCCCUAAUUAGAACGGUGUGUGAAACGCGAUAUCGGAUUAAGAUUCUCAGCGACGAAACACGGUUUACCAUCGACGCUCGAAGAAGCGUCGGCUCCGCGUAAACCUGGUGCUUUGCGGCGUUCGUGAUUGGCGAACCUGCUGCUUAGAUUGCCUGGAAUCGAGUCAGAACACGAACGUAUCGACCAAGUUGGUGAAACUCGGUCAGUGUGUUUUCCUUUCGCGCGGUGUAACGAAUAUCAUCGGCUGUCGGAUGAGAGACGGGAGAAAAACGUUAGUGGCCGAUGGGAAAGCGGUAGAGAAGCGCGCGAUGCGUGGCAUGCACGGCAAAAAGGUUUCGAUGGGGGACUAUGACACGGUCGCGUCAACUUUUUCGCCGUAAUCGUUAGAAAAUGGGAGAAAAAAGAGGUAAAAGGGACAGGAAAAAAGAGGAGAGAAGAGAAACGGGGAGAGGAGAAUCGAGGGCAGACGUAUCGAUCUCGUUCGAGCCUCCCUUCGACCGUAAAGUUCGUCGCGGAGAGAAUUACGAUUCCGCGCAAUUACACAGUCGCACAUCUAUAUCAUUUGUGCACACACACACACGUACACGUAGGCGCGCGUGCGCGCAUACAUCGGCAUAUAUAGACCGCGAUCACCUCCGUGAAUCCACAUUCAUAUACAUAUAUAUAUAUAUAUAUGUAUACAUAAAUAUAAAUAUAAAUAUAUAAGUAUACAUGUAAUACGUACAGGCGCUCAUGUACACACGAUGUUCCAAAGGAUUGAGCAAUACGAUUUGUAUUACCGUGUAUAACGUAAUGUAUUCGAUUCUGCACAUGUCGUACGUACUUUUGAUGUAGCGAAGGAUUUUUCACGACUGAUACGAGAUUAAAGAAUAAAAAUAGCUUUUGUAUUAA